UCUCUGUGCAGCGCAUUUUACACUGUUGCUCCUGGAGCCCCGGGGGCUAACUUUUAAAGCCGUUUUUAUGUGUUCACCCGGUGAGGAAGCGACCCUCCAGCACCGCCGGUGCCGCCGUAGCUCGUCGCCACACCAGUGCAGCCGCGGAUAUUGAAGCUGGAAGGCGGAGAAAAUGCUCGGUGCUGUCUGGACUCGUCGGGCUGGAAGCCACACAACUGACUGAUGCAUCCUCGUUCACUUCACCCCACCGUGUGUUGUUGGCCUGGCUGUACAUGGUGGCACAUUGAGGAGAAGAGGAGGAGUGCCAGCGGCGGUUGGUUGGUGGGUGGUGUCCGUGGUUGCCACGGUAACUGGCGACCAUGCCAGGAGGUCGCAGGGGCCCCAGCAGACAGCAGCUAAGUCGCUCUGCUCUGCCAUCCCUGCAGACCCUCGUUGGAGGCAACCUCGGCAAUGGUACAGGCCUCAGGAACAGGAGCAGUAACUCGGUGGGUCUGUCUGCGCCCCCUCUCUCUGCCCUCAUCACCCCGGAGCCAGUCCGGCACUCGAGGAUCCCUGAGCUGCCGUUGGACAGCAGCCUGCUGUUUGAGUUCCUGCUCUUUCUUUAUUUGCUGGUGGCCUUGUUUGUCCAGUACAUAAACAUCUACAGGACAGUGUGGUGGUACCCAUACAGCCACCCUGCUGCCUCUACCUCGCUCAACUUUCAUCUAAUGGACUACCACCUGGCCAUCUUCAUCACAGUGAUGUUGGCCAGGAGGCUUGUUUGGACAAUCGUUUCAGAGGUGUCUCAAAGCAGCGGCAGAUCUCUGCUCCGCUACGUGGUUCUGAUCGCAGCUCGGCUCAGCCUGCUCACCAUGUGCGGCUGGGUGCUCUGCUGGACGCUGGUCAACCUCUGCAAGACCCACUCUGUGCUCAACCUCCUCUUCCUGGGAUACCCGUUCGGUGUGUACGUCCCGCUUUGCUGUUUCCAUCAGGAGGGGGGGAAAAGCCAAACGGCAUCGGCUGACUGCGAUUACCCCGCCGACCACCAGCAGACCGACCUAGCAGAGACCCCGUUCUUUCGACCACGUGACUUCCUCUUCUUGUUGCGAGAGAACCUCAGAGAGCAGUUUUCCAGCCCGCCACACAUGCCCACGCACACCUGCCCACCACACACACACUCGCACACACCGGAGUUGAUUCGAGCCGAGGUGGAGGAGCUGAAGAGCGACUUCAACCGGCGAAUCAAGGAAGUGUUGUUCAACUCACUGUUCAGUGCUUACUACGUCGCCUUCCUGCCUCUCUGCUUCGUUAAGAGCACCCAGUACUAUGACAUGCGGUGGUCAUGUGAGCACCUGAUCAUGGUGUGGAUCAAUGCGUUUGUGAUGCUGAUGAGUCAGCUGCUGCCCCCCAGCUACUGCGACCUGCUUCAUCGCUCUGCGGCUCACCUAGGCCGCUGGCAGAAACUGGAGCACGGCUCGUACAGCAACGCACCUCAGCAUGUGUGGUCAGAAAGUACCAUUUGGCCUCAGGGGGUUUUGGUACGACACAGCCGAUCUCUGUAUAAGGCGGUCGGACCAUAUAAUGUCGCUCUGCCCUCUGAUGUUUCCCAUGCAAGGUUUUAUUUCCUGUUCCACAAGCCAUUGCGGAUCCUAAACCUGCUGAUCUGGAUCGAGUCCAGUGUGGUUUUGUACCAGUUAUACUCCCUGCUGCGCUCCGAGCGCUGGAACCACACGUUGUCUCUCGGCCUUAUUCUCUUCUGCAACUACUAUGUCCUUUUUAAACUGCUCCGAGACCGCAUUGUGCUGGGCAAAGCCUACUCCUACCCUCUGUCCUCCAACAGUUUGGGGCUCAAGUCACAGUAAAGGCUCCGUGCAGUGAGACUGCACCCACGAACUCUGGAUGUGGAGGGGAGACGUGUGGGGGUCUGGUAAAGUGGAGGACCGGAGGGUUGAUUGGCGGUCAGGCUUGGAAGUUAAGGGACAGACUGUGAACUCAUAAUCAUGUUUUGAUACGGUUCUAUUUUUAAUGCAAUGUUUAUAUAUACCUAUUUAAAAGAAUAUUUUUAUUUUGUAUACUAUUUCGAGUUACGCCGGGCAUUACCACGCUGACGACAUUAGCAUGUUGUGUUAUGUUGAUGCCAGGCGACAGGGAAGUCAGGGAAUGCUAGGAGGUGACUUUCACCAAAGAUAUUUUAAGUGCAGGCGGCCAAUCGCAGCUCAGACUUGGCCUCUGACAGUCAGUUAUACCAGACAAGCGACUCAGAGCAGUGGAGGAAGUUGUGCCUGAAACCAGUGAAAGUGAUGCAGCUCUUUGUUGUAGCAGGACACAAACACCGUCUCUGCUCUCAACAUGUUCAGCACGUUUUUACUGGUGCUUUUAAAGCAAAAGUUCAACUUUUUGGAAAAUACGCUUAUUCGCUCUCUGGUGAAGAGUCUGUCCAUCAAAUAUGAGGCGAAAUCAUGCAGGCAGCUAGCUUAAUGCUGGCACAAAAACUGGAAACAAGGAAGAUAGUUUUGCUCUGUCAAAUGGUAACAAAAAUUCUGCCUACCAGCACCUUCGAAAAUAUUAGAACAAAGGUUCAAGUUUAAAAAUGAUAGUUCAGAGACUCCCAUAAGUUACUGUACAUGGCAAUAAAAUUAUCAGGCACAUAACCCCCUAAAACUAACCUGGAAACCAGUUGAAUCUGCCAAGCUCAAGUUUUAUUUGCUCUUUCAGAUGAUUCAGGUCACUCUCCCCUUCAGACGGAUUUCCAUCUCAUGGAGUGGGUUUGAUGUGAUGAAUGGCAUCUAUUGCAACUCACAAAACUGAUCAAACUGUGGAGCUAGGCAGCACUCAUCAAAUAUGACACAUGGUUCUGUUACUGCGCCACAUAUUUCUAAUUUGAAUGCUUGAAAAUGCACAAAGCACCUUCCUAACUCCCAUGCAUCACUCAGUGCUGCAUCACAUCCUUUAAAAACUGAUUAGUUGUAAGUCCAGAUGCAUUUUUGGUCGGCUCUGGUUGAUAAUGCUCCUUAGACAUCAAAAUGAACUCAGAGUUUCGAGACUAAGAGGCAUUUGCAGAUUAGUCUGCCGAUGCCAAGAUGCUGUAAAACAGCAAAUGGACACUUUCACACUUUUUUGGAUUGAGUUUUGGAUUCAAUACAACACUAAGGCGAUAUAACUUGUUCAUUCAUUAGCUUGUAACUGACCACAGCUAGGCUAGCUGUUCCCCCUUGUUUCCAGUCUGUGUGCUAAGCUAACCUAUGCCUAUAAGUAUCAAACUUUAUUUUUAAGCAGGGCCUCAGUGUGGAUUUUUACCUCUAAGUGGGAUAAAACUUUCAUACAAACUGACUUGAAAUCAGUCUGAGAGAAAAACUCUCGUCCACUGCCUCUGCAGAGAAUUCUGUUUUCUUUCUUAUUCACUUUUGUUACUGUGUUUUAAUAUCAGUAUCCACUUGUUUCACACCAUUGGCUAUCAGAAGGGCCAUUACAGCACCAGUCUUUACAAACUUACACCAGUGUCAACAAGUGAGAAGGGACUGAGAUAUUAUUGGCACCUUUUAAACUUUAGGGAUGUCACGAUACCAGAAAUGUAGUAGUCAUUUCCAAUACCUAAUACGGAUAUUUGAUACCACAGUUAAAAAACAAAAACAAGGCAAUAAAUCCCAUUUCAGUCUCAAUGUCAUCCACACAUUUCAUAACGUCUCUGGCAGUGAAGAGGAUUUUCAUUUUAGUUACUUAACUCUUGUUUUGCAGUCAGCUACUCUACUUUUUUUUUCACCUGGUGCGGAGCCGAGAGGAAGGUGCAGUGGCGACUCAGCAGUCUGCUAACUUGUUACUCUCGCUGCCAAUAUUAGCUGCUCUGUUUCAUCAAGACAUGCACAUGAAAGCUUAAAUUAAACUGUGGUGUUCUGUCUGGAUUAAAGAGAACCAUGGCCCGUAUGCUUCAUCUGUCUGAAUGUUGGUGGUGGGUGAGCUAAAAGUUUUUCACGUUUUAUAAUAAUUUAGGCAACGACCUGGUGUGCAAGUAUCGUGAUGUCCCUACUUUAAACUCAAAACACCCCCCAAAAUACAAUAAACAGCUUGACACUGGUUUAACAGGUUUCCAGUUUGAAGGGGUGCUGCUGUCUCCAGGUGAUUAUUAAAGUCUGCUAAAAAAGAUGUCUGACCACAUUGUGACAUGCUGAAAGAUUCAUGAUAAGAUAUCGCGUAUGACUCAUUUGUGUUCUUAAAGGUGAUCCAGCCAGUGUUUUUAUUUAGUUCGAUUUCGGUGCCUGCUUAAACUAUUAUGGUAUUGAGGACCAUACCACAUCAGGUCCAUCUCUUUGUGGAUUGGAUGUAGAUAACAGAACCAAUGUGGCUGAUAAUAAAGAUUUCUGUUGGUACGUCCCCGGA